CCUCCCUCCUCCUCUCUCCUCCUCUCUCCUCCUCUCUCCUCCUCUCUCCUCCGCUUCCCCCUUACUACCCCUGACCCUCCGAUCGCCGCUGACAGCGGAGAGUCUGCUCACACGACUUAAACCACCAUCCGACGCUGCCCACCACCGAUCGCGGAUCUCCUCCUGCCUCCAGAGGGCGUGUAUUGAGUCCUCCCUUCCAUCUCCGAAUUCCCUGCUCGUCACACCCCUCAUCGCUCGAAUCACAGCCGCUGUGACCUCUACACCCCUUCGUCCACUCUGGCACCAUCACGAUGCAUGAUGGUCCCGAAUCCAUCGCCGAGGUGACCUCCACCUCGCACCACAAGGCCUCCACGGACAUCAAGACCAGCCCGUCCAUACACUUGGGGGAUGAUGAGAAGCAUGAACUGCAGGAGCAGGUUUCGGCGCCGAAGCUGCAGAGGAGGCUGAAGGCGAGGCAUCUGCAGAUGAUUGCUAUUGGAGGAACAAUUGGAACAGGCCUCUUUAUUGGUAGCGGUGGAGCCAUCGCAAAGUCAGGACCAGCAGGCGCACUCAUCGCAUACAUCUUCGUCGGCACGGUUGUGUACAGCGUCAUGAUGUCACUCGGCGAGCUAGCCACACACAUCCCCAUCUCCGGUGCUUUCACGGCAUAUGCCACUCGCUUCGUAGACCCGAGCAUCGGUUUCGCCAUGGGCUGGAUCUACUUCUUCUCGUGGGCUAUCACGUUCGCGCUGGAGCUGAACGUGACGGGACUCAUCAUCCAGUACUGGGACCCCUCCCUCUCGAUCGGUAUAUUCAUCGCCGUCUUCUGGGUCUUCAUCGUUGCCUGUAACAUGAUGCCCGUCAGUUUCUACGGCGAGUUCGAGUUCUGGUUCUCCAUGGUCAAGGUCAUCACCGUCAUCGGCUUCCUCAUCUUCGGCAUCUGCAUCGAUGCCGGCGCCGGCAAGGAGGGCUACCUCGGCUUCAGGUACUGGAAAGACCCCGGCGCUUUCGCCUCGUACAUCCUCCCAGAGACGAACCCCGUAUCCAAGUUCGUCGGCUUCUGGGCCGUGCUCGUGCAAGCCGGUUUCUCAUACCAGGGCACGGAACUCGUGGGUAUCGCAGCCGGCGAGACCGAGAACCCACGCAAGAACGUGCCGUCCGCGAUCCGCAAGACCUUCUGGCGUAUCCUCUUCUUCUUCGUCUUCACUGUCUUCUUCAUCGGCCUGCUGGUGCCCUACACCAAUGAGCGCCUGAUGUCCUCCGCAUCCGACGCCACCGCCUCGCCCUUCGUCAUUGCUGCCGAUCUAGCCGGCGUCAAGGUCCUCCCAGGCAUCAUCAACGCCGUCCUCCUCUUCGUCGUCCUCUCCGCCGCAAACUCCAACGUCUACUCCGGCUCGCGUAUCCUCGUCGGGCUCGCGCACGACGGCUCGGCCCCGAAAUUUUUCACCCGUGCCUCCGCCCGCGGCGUCCCCUACUACGCCGUCAUCUUCACCUCCGUAUUCGGCUUCCUUGCCUUCCUCAACCUCUCCUCGGGCGCAUCGACCGUCUUCGGGUGGCUCCUCAACAUCAGCGCCGUCGCGGGUUUCAUCACGUGGGCCAGCAUCGGCUUGUCACACAUCUGCUUCAUGCGCGCGCUGAAGGCGCAGGGCGUGUCGCGCGACACGCUCCCGUACCGCGCGCCGUGGCAGCCGUGGUACGCGUGGUACGGUCUGUUCUUCAACGUGCUGAUCUGCAUCACGCAGGGCUUCACGGCGUUUAUGCCAUGGGAUGUGACGCAGUUCUUCGUGGCGUAUGUGAGCUUGAUUCUCUUCGCGGUGCUGUUUGCGGGCCACAAGAUUAUCACGAGGUCCAAGUGGGUUAGGUCUGCUGAGGCGGAUAUUCUGACGGGCAGCUUGGCGUGCGAGGAUGAGGAGUGGGAGAGUAUUGCGCCGACGACAAUGUGGGGGAAGUUUUGGGAGUGGGUUGUGUAAGUGGGUUGCGUGCUGUGGUACGCUGUGACUGUGGGUGUGUUGUGGUGGUGGUUGGGAUGAGGUGAAGGUAAUGCAUUUUUGAUGUCGAGAGACUUUAACAGCGCCCGGGCAAACGGACAAAUGGCAUUGGGAACGGUAUAUGGAACGGUUACAUGGUAUGGUGCAUGGGUAUGGACAUGGGCAUGGGACAGGAAACGGGACGGGGGGCAAUAUUUGUGACGUCGAGAGACUUUCCAGCACUGAUGUCGAGAGACUUUCGUUUAUCCCUUGCAUAUAGCGUUUGUAGUCAUGUGGAGAGGCUUCUUGGGAUGGGGAUUAGGGGGUUUGAUGUCGAGAGGCUUUUCUGCGGUUGGGUGGG